UCACCGCACUACACGGUCGCUCGCUGCGCAGUGGUCGGUCGGUUGAGUUGACUGACGUAUUUUUAAUUUGCAUUCGCUCCAUGUUAUCGUGUUGCGAGUCCGUGUGGUAAUUUUAUAGUGCGCCUUCGAUUACACUAUUUGUCGAGUGCUGUGAUUUUUGUAAUACAUUUUAAUAUAUAUACAAACAACGCUAGUUUUUAAGUGAACUGUGAAAGAGCGUUUUUUCAAACACUCGCUACAUUGUCGAUGUGAUCCUCGUUUUUGUGAUUUUAUUUGUGUGACGAUGGCAGAUAAUUCGAAAUUGACGGAGGAAGAGAGGACUGAGAUCAGGGAGCAGUUUGAACAGUUGGACACAAAUAGCAGUGGCUACAUCGAUUUGAAGGAGCUGAAAGAAGCCCUCGACAGCGUCGGUUACAAAAUCCCACAAUGGAAGGUCCGGUGUAUGAUCGAAGAGUACUACGACAAUGGGAACAACAAACGUGGCGUCAACGGCAGCAUGAACGGAGACGCGAGGAAGAACGGCAUCAGCCUCGGCGAGUUCGAGGAGUUGUGCGCCAAUUUGAAGGCUCAACAGGUUUCCAGUACAUUCAAACAAGCAGUCAGUAAAAAGGAGAAUCUAGAACAUUUGGGUGGCAUGAGCGAAGCGUCCAGUGAUGGCACAACUCACUCAGUACGGCUCGAAGAGCAGAUGGCGUUCUCCGGGUGGAUCAACAGCAACUUGGAACACGAUCCCGACCUCAAACAUCUGCUGCCCAUAGACCAUGAGGGCAAACAGUUGUACGAGAAGCUUAAAGACGGUCUUAUAUUAUGCAAAGUAAUAAACCACUCGUGCCCCGACACGAUAGACGAACGCGCGAUCAACAAGAAGAAUUUAACGUUAUACACGAAACACGAAAACUUGACGCUAGCGCUCGUCUCCUCGCAAGCUAUUGGCUGUAAUAUCGUCAAUAUUGAUGCACAUGAUCUCGCUAAAGGCAAACCCCACUUGGUGCUCGGUCUACUAUGGCAGAUCAUCCGUAUCGGUCUCUUCAACCAGAUCACAUUGGAACACUGCCCCGGCCUUACGGAGCUACUCAAUGAUCAGGAACGCAUCGAAGACCUCCUAGCCUUAUCACCAGAGGCCAUCCUCCUCCGAUGGGUGAACCACCAGCUCCAGAGUGCCGGAGUCACGCGUCGCUGCACCAACUUCCAGCAAGACGUGGCCGACUCCGAGAUAUACUCGUACCUGCUCAAGCAGAUCGCUCCCGAUGAUGCUGGCGUCACGCUGGAUGCUCUCAGGGAAACCGACCACCUCCGUCGUGCCGAGCUGAUGCUGCAACAAGCUGCCAAACUCCGAUGCCGUGCCUUCGUCACCCCCGCAGACGUGGUGGCCGGAGUCUACAAGCUCAACUUGGCCUUCGUAGCCAAUCUGUUUAACCAGCACCCUGGACUCCAGCGGUCAGCUGACACUGAGGAACUUCACCAGCUUGACGAGACACGGGAGGAGAAGACUUACCGCAACUGGAUGAACUCGAUGGGCGUGGCGCCGCACGUGAACUGGCUGUACUCCGACCUGACGGACGGUCUUGUUAUCUUCCAGCUCUACGAUAUCAUCAAGCCGGGCAUUGUUAAUUGGAAGAAGGUGCACCGUCAAUUCUCUAAGCUGCGCAAGUUCAUGGAGCGUCUGGAGAACUGUAACUACGCCGUGGAGCUCGGCAGACAGCUCGGCUUCUCGCUCGUCGGCAUCGCCGGCGCCGACAUCAACGAGGGGAACGCCACGCUCACGCUAGCGUUAAUCUGGCAAUUAAUGCGAGCAUACACCCUCUCCGUGCUGACGCGACUGGCGAACACUGGUAACCCCAUCAUUGAGAAGGAGAUCGUGCAAUGGGUCAACAACAAACUCAGUGCGGCUGGCAAAUCGUCUUCUAUUAGGAGCUUCCAGGACGAGGUAUUAGCUGACGGCAAAGUGGUGAUCGACCUGAUCGACGCCAUCAAGCCCGGCUCCAUCAACUACGAUGUUGUACUGCCCGGAGGCAAUGAAGAGGAAAACCACGCGAACGCUAAAUACGCGAUAUCAAUGGCGCGUCGCUGCGGCGCGCGCGUGUACGCGCUCCCGGAGGACAUCACGGAGCGCAAGCCCAAGAUGAUCAUGACGGUGUUCGCCUGCCUCAUGGCGCUCGACUACAUCCCCGCCAUGGACGCGCCGCCGCAGGAAGUAUCACAAAUUGCGCGGUCGGGAAAUGGAUAUAGUCACCAGAAUUCUGUCACGACUGUUGAUGGGACCGUGGUGGAGUCUGCAGAAGAACUCUACGAUUCCACAGACAGCUUGGAGAUAGUUGACAACGAUACUGUGGAGAUAAUUGAUCAUGAAAGUGGAGAAAUUAUUGUCGAAGAUAAUAUUGUAAUGGCUGAUGAAGGAGAAGAAAUCGGGCAAUCUGAAAAGCCUGUACCACCUCCCAAACCAGACAAUCUGACUGUUUUGCCCAGACCAGAAUAGGAAAAGUCACAGACUACUUAUUCACCUUAUUUAGUUAAUCCAUAUGUUCCUGCCUAGUUUCGUAUGUUUUCCGCUUCCAUUCUUCACUGUCAGCCUUUCUAAAAUUCACUCCUUGUUUACCCGACUGCCAAGAAAAAUUGUACCUAUUCUUUCACACAAUAAUUUUUAUCAUUUUUCCUUCGGUCAUUUAUUUAUCCCACAUGUCUAGAGGUUAACUUUUUCUUUAUGUACCGCAUGCAUUUUUUUUUUACUUAAUUUUAGUUUUGCAAGUAUUUUUGUAUUGAUUUAUGAAUGAAGUUUUGUACAAGUUAAUAAAUGAUUUCAAUAUUU